GGAGGGUUUUGACAUCAACAAAGAACAAAUGUACACUAACCAUUAGUCAUUGGAUUCCAGGUUCAAUCCAAAUUUAAUUCGCCUUUUGGCACUGAAUACCACAGCACGAGUUAGUGCCUAACGCCCCAUUUGACAAAAUCCCAAGAAAAUUUUACUGAACAAAUUUUUGAAACACGCAGCAAAGAUUGCAUUUUUUUAAUCCUCAAUUUUGAACUCUGUGAUGGGUUGGCUCUGUUUCUUGCCUUUUUGGCGGUUUCGUUUUCAUCUCCUUCCUUCCUAUUCGUUACGUUUUAAGAACUCCACUCCACUGGCUAAAUAUUCCAUCGCCUUCUUAGAUUCUAUCGAGAAUUUUUUAUAUUCUUUUGGAUGCGUUGUUUUUUAAUUUCCUCCUUUUUUUUGAUGACUUAUUCCAUUCAUAAACUUUCCAGUUCCGGCCACCUGCACUUUGUACGCCCUUUUCUUUCUUUUUCAUCUGCCUUGGCUUCUUUUCUCCUGUUCUUGAUCAUCUUCGAUUAUGCCCGUUUCUACCUGAUGGGUUUUUUGAGCACCCUGUUGGGAAUUCUUGGUUUUGGAAUCGGGUCCGUCGUUGGGAUUGUGAUUGGAUUCUAUCUGUUCAUCUAUUCUGAACCUGGAGAUAUUGAGGAUCCUAAGAUCAGGACAAUUGAUGACUCCGAUUCAACUGCAAUGGAAGAUCUUAUGCAUGAAAUUCCUUGGUGGGUUAAGAAUCCUGAUUAUGAGCGGGUAGACUGGUUAAACAAGUUUAUCCUUGAGAUGUGGCCUUUCAUUGAUAAGGCGAUUCACGAAACCAUUAGAAGCAUUGCACAGCCAAUAUUUGCAGAAUAUAUAGGGAUGUGUAAGAUAGAAUCUAUUGAACUUGAGAAAAUAGACCUAGGAACUCUUCCACCUACAAUUCAUGGUCUUAAAGUUUACGAGACAAAUGAGAAGGAACUUGUCAUGGAACCAGCAAUCAAGUGGGUCGGCAACCAAAAUAUAAUCGUGGCAGUGAAAUUGUUCUCAAGGAAAAUCUUAAUCGAGCUAGUGGAAUUACAAGUUAUCGCUGCUCCUCGAAUCACACUGAAAUCACUUGUUCCAACAUUUCCAUGUUUUACAAAUAUAAUGGUCUCUUUGAUGGAGAAACCACAAAUCGACUUUGGUUUAAAAAUCUUGGGAGGUGAUAUCAUGUCCAUUCCUGGUCUAUAUCGAUAUGUACAGGAUACUAUCAAGAGGCAAGUGUCAAGCCUCUACUUAUGGCCCCAAUUCCUUGACAUACCGAUUCUCGAUGCCUCCACUGUGGCUGCCAAGAAGCCUGUUGGGAUUUUGCAUGUGAGAGUUAUACGAGCUAUGAAACUCUUGAAGAUGGACUUACUUGGACAAUCUGACCCUUAUGUCAAGUUAAGUCUAACUGGCGAUAGGUUGCCUGCAAAGAAAACCACCAUCAAGAAGAAGACAUUAUAUCCUGAGUGGAAUGAGAAUUUUAAGCUGAUUGUGAAGGACCCUCAGUCUCAAGUUCUUCUCAUAGAUGUCUAUGAUUGGGACAAGGUUGGGGCACAUGACAAGCUCGGAAUGCAAAUUUAUCCUUUGAAGCUUCUAAAUCCUAAUGAAACAAAAGAAUUAACUCUUGAUCUGCUCAAGAGUACAGAUGUAACUCAUGAUACCCAUAACAAGAAGCAGCGAGGGCAGAUUGUGCUGGAGGUGAGGUAUGCUCCUUUCAGAGAAGAUACCAUUUUGUUUAGUGGCCCUCUCGAUGGAUACAGCAAGAGAAAUAGCAGAAGUGAUAGCCAGUCCAGUAAUGAGAAUUCCAGCGGAGUACUUAUGGUCACAGUUUAUGGAGCCGAGGAUGUGGAGGGCUCCCGACAUAACAAUCCCUACGUCUUAUUGAUCUUCAGAGGAGAAAAAAAGAAAUCAAAGAUGAUCAGGAAAACUCGCAAUCCGCUAUGGAAUGAGGAGUUCCAGUUCAUGUUGGAUGAGCCUCCCAUAUCUGAUAAGCUUCAUAUAGAGGUCAUGAGCAAGCGAACAAGGCUUGGUUUCCGAUCAACGGAAUCAUUAGGUCAUGUGGAUGUUAACCUCGUCGAUGUUGUACACAAUGGAAGAAUAAACGAGAAAUACCAUUUAAUUGAUUCCCAGAAUGGACAGAUACACGUUGAGCUAAGAUGGAAGGUGAUAUGAUCAACGAAACACAUUCCCAGCCUCAGGCAUGCAUGCAGGGGAAGUCUCUUAACAGUACUAUGAACUAUUAUGGUUCUCAGAAUCAAACCUCAAGAAUUUUUGUGAAUAUCCGAUCCUCAUUUCUUAUCUCAUUCUUCUAUACACAAUCAUUCUCAUUAUUUUCCAAAAACCACCAAUGUAGUGAGGUUACGUGGUCAACGUAAAUAUUGGAUUACCAAAGUUUGGUUCCCUGAGGAUACAUAUUUCAUAUAAAAUCGGGUUGAGUAUUACAUUUGUUUGAACCGGGUCGAUGAAUAAAUGUAAUACUCAACCUGGAAUUUUUUUGUGAUAUUUUAAUGUUUCAAUUUCCAACACC